AUGGCUUCACUAAAGCAGCAAUUGAGGACCCUGACAAAGAACUUUACUGCCUGCGAUGUAUCGGACGCCUUGCUCAAGCUCCAAAAGAUUCCCAAUGGCAAUGUGGCACGAGCGGGCUUUCUAGCAGACCUCACUCCCUAUUCCCCGAUUCUCGGAAGGAAUGACCGAAUCGAACGGAUUGCCGCACCAGCAACAACAUUUCAAUUCGGCUCCAAGAGCGAACAGCCCCUAACUAUUGCUGUUGAAGACCCCGAGAACCAUGGCUUUCCACCUGGUCGUCAUUGGGUGGACUUCACCGGGGAUUAUGCAGCAAAGGAUCCGACGAAUGAAGUCGGCUCAAUUGUGGUGAUUGAUCAACCAAAAGACCAAUUCUGUGCGGUGACGGGUGGAAUUAUGGCAACGCGAAUGAAGGUCCUUGGGAUUCAUGCUGCCGUCGUUAAUGGGCGAGUGCGUGAUUUGAGAGAAUUGCAAGGGACGGGUCUUCCGAUCUGGGCACAAGGUACCUCGACCGUAGGGACGGGUGCUGAAGCAAAAGCCCUGGCGCGAGAUGUUCCCCUGCAAAUUGAAGGAGUGGUCGUGUCUCCUGGCGACAUCAUUUUCUGUGACCCUAUGGAGGGAGUUGUGGCCAUACCACGCGACCUGCUUGAGCCGGUGCUUGAACUGAUGCCCAAAUUAAUUGCCAUGGAUGACCGAGCCAAAGAGGCGGUUGCCCAGGGAAUGUCCGUGGCCGAAGCCUUCAAGAAGUUCCGCAAUUAG